UCCUGACCAAUCUAGAUGAUGAAAUCCAGAAGUGGGCGUCUGCCGUCGGCCGCCACUGCGCCCCCGGGUGGACACUCUCUGGAAUUGAAGGAAGCUGGAUUAUGGAUUUUGUGGAUAAUCAGGUUCGUUGGUCGACGUGGGCUUGUCCGGAAGCUGUACUGCGACAAUGCCACCAAUUUCGUGGGUGCUGCACGCACGCUGGACCUCAAAGCUACGUUCCAUGGCAACACAGCGGACAUGGAAAUGUUUGCUGCGGAGCGGGGCAUGGAGUUUGUAUUCAUCCCUCCUCGAGCGCCGCAUUUUGGCGGCCUUUGGGAAGCGGCGGUGAAAUCCGCCAAAGGUUUGCUGCUGAAAGCGAUGGGCAGCGCUCGAUUACGGCAAGACGAGGUGGCCACCGUGCUGGUCGAGGUCGAGGCCGUGCUCAAUUCGCGGCCAAUGGUCGCUCCCAGCAGCAACCCCAACGACGGCGAAGUGCUCACGCCAGGGCACUUCCUGAUAGGAGCAACGCUCGUGCCGCUGCCAAUCGCGUCCACAGAGCCAGUCGACGACGUCAAGCUGACACUAUUAAAAGAUGGCAGCUGACAUCCAACAUCAAGCGUCGAUUUUGGAACGACUGGUCAAGGGACUACCUGCUCAGCCUGCAGCAGAAGUCAAAAUGGACGAAGGAGAGACAGAACAUACAGGUCGGAGCAG